GGUCCACAACACCUACACGCGUAUAGAUACAUUCUUCAUAGAUAACAAAACCCUACCACAACUGAGCGACUGCAAAUUAGGAGAGAUAACAUGGUCUGACCAUAGCCCAGUAUACCUUGACUUAAAUGACAAAUACCAAACCCAUGGUAGGGGCACUUGGAGACUGAAUGAGUCUCUCCUCCUAGAUAAACCGUUCGUUGAGCGAAUGACAACAGAACUCAGAGAGUACUUCCUCACCAACACAACGGGUGAAGUCUCGGACUACACGGUGUGGUCCGCACAUAAAGCAGUAAUGAGGGGACAGUUCAUCAAACAAUCCGCGUACAUAAAAAGACGCCACCAAACCACCCUCCUGGACUGCCACAAGCAAAUAGCGAUAGCCACGGCCCAAAACAAAAAGACACCCACACCAGCCCUAGCAGACAAAUUACGUGACCUGUACCAAGACCUUAACAACCUUAAUGCCCAAAAAACCAAGUACUUUUUACACAGACUAAAAGCCACCACAUACCACCACAGUG